GAAGUUCCCUCAGUUUGUUCCAGAGUCGAGCAGGACGGGACCAGGUCCAGAACCUGCUCUACCCGCGUCACCUCCGGACAGAGACUUGGAGACAGCAGGAACUUUUCAAAACCGGCUCGGAUCCGGACGCGCUGCGGCUGUACCGUGUCUCCGGGUCGGUUCUCCGGGUCGGUUCUUCUGGACCCACAAGGAUCUGAGGAAACCUGGAGUCACUGCGUUAAUCUUUGCGUGCACACGUUUUCUCUGGACACGCGGAAUCUCUAAUGGCACGCGCACUGACCGAGUGACGGGCGGGUCAUGAGUCGGAGUGUGUAGAGUCCAGCUCCCAUCAUGGACCCCCCUCUGCUGCUGAUGGUGAUGAUGAUGAUGGUGAUGAUGAAGACUUCCUGCAGCAGCAGAGUGAUGGAGACACUUGGAGGAACGAGACACAGACGCUACGCCAUCAACCCCGUGGGACACAAGUGGACUCACCACAACAUCACAUACAGGAUCACAAAGUAUCCCAACACCCUUAAUGUGGAGGACACCAGGAAGGCCAUCAGCAUUGCCUUCACCAAGUGGAGUGACGUGUCACCACUGAGCUUCACUGAGGUUACUGACGGCAACGCCACCGCUGACAUUACCAUUGGUUUCUACACCUUCAACCACACUGACUGCUGGUGGUCUCCACUCCACCCGUGUUUUGACGGCCUGAACGGCGAGCUGGCUCACGCCUUCCUGCCGCCACGAGGAGAAAUCCACUUCGACAACCACGAGUUCUGGAUCCUCGGCAAGUCCAGGUUCAGCUGGAAACAAGGUGUGUGGUUGAACGACCUGGUCCAGGUGGCGGCUCACGAGAUCGGCCACGCUCUCGGCCUGUGGCACUCCAGAGACCCUCAGGCUCUGAUGCAUCCCAACGCCACCUACACCGGCCAGAGGAACAUCGCCCAGGACGACGUAUGGGGCAUCCAGAGGCUCUACGGUUGUCUGGAUAAGAAGAGAGUCUGUGAUCCGUGGGCUCGACUCGGCUUCUGUGAGCGGAGGAAGACCUUCAUGAAGAAGAACUGUCCUCGGCGCUGUGACCUCUGCUACGAGCCUCUGGAAGCGGUGACCACACCAACGCCGCCUCCGGCCAACGUCAAGGUCAAGAUGGUUCCCCGGGGGAAGGUGGUGGGUUUUCGCUGUGGAACCAAAAACCCCCGCUCGCCGCCCAAAGUCAGCUGGUAUAAAGACGGCGAGCAGAUCCUGACCUCCAUCCCUGGUUACAUCAUCAUGAAGGACCGAGACCUCCGCAUUCUCGCCAACGAGUUCAACGAGGGCGUCUACACCUGUCGCAUCCAUCGACGGGGAGACAUCGUAUCUGCCAACUCCUGGGCCAUCCGACUGAAACCAGAACAGCCGUCCAACAGCUGAGGGCAUCGCCGGGGACGGGGGGAAGUGCUGGUUUUCACAUUUGUUGACAGAACUCAGCCCUCAGCACGACUGGAUCUAUGCAGGCAUUUCUGAACAUGUUUGGACCUUUUCACAGUAUUUCUGAUGGUUUGUUCUCCACAUGUACACCAGGUGGUUUGUGACUCCAAGCUGGACACGAUCCAACUUUCGCUGUGUGAAAAAAGGGUUCUGGGUCCAGAUGGUAAACUUGUGGCAGCUCUGAUAACAGCGUGACCUCUCGUCCUCCUAAUCCUCCAGACAUGACGUCACGCACCCCGAAUCCUGCAGGAUGUUGUUCACCACUGAAAAUCGUGGCAUGAUGCCAUGUGCUGCAGGACUGUAUCCCCACAAUCCCAGCAGGAGGUCCUGUACCUAUAAUCAUCUCGGCAGGGCCUUCUGUCCGCAUAAUGCUCCUGACAGAACGUCGUGUCCCUGGACUCAUCUCAACAUGACAUCACAUACCUGGAAACACCGAUAGGAUGUCAUGUCCUCAUUACCUUCCUGCAGGACGCGAUGGACCCGUAGAACGUCAUGUAUCGGCCAGGCGAAGCAGUAAUACCAGCUUUCGCAAACUAAAAUACUGUUAAUGCAAAGUCCUUCCAUACACGACUCUUACUGCGUUCCUUCUUGGAGCUGUCUCUGCGUGUGUCAGCGUGAUUACCGACAUGUUUUCAGAAUUUCGGUAUCGACCUGGUAUCGGUUCUUGUGACACCCCCAGUGCGACGUGAUGCUGUCGUUGUAAUGUUGUGUUUUUGUAAACACGAAGUUCCUGUAACCCUGUAGAGAGUCAGGUAGACCUGACAUGACGUCCUCAUAACCCUCCCGACGAGACUGCUGGUACUUAAUGUUGUGUACCCAUAAUUCCAGUGAGAUAUCACUGCGGAAACCCGAGACCGUUCACUUUAACAGCUUUGGUGUAAACGUCGGGGUUUCGGCUGCAUCACGGUACCAUCUGUAAUUCUGAGGCUGUGAUUCAUUUUAGUGGUUACAAGUUCUUUGUAUUUUUUAACUGCACGUCUACAUUUUACUUUGAUCUUACUUUACUUUUCUGGUCAUGGGUUUUACAGCACAGCUCUUCUGUUUCUGUGUUUAUUUCACAUGGAAACGUCAGCUGGGUUUGAAACGGACCAGUCAGCGUAUUGUAGAAAUGCUAACUAGCUAGCUAACUUGAAUUACCGUAGAUUAAUGAGAUAGAUGUAACCCCUUCUGUGACCUUUGACCUCACUGCUGAGCUUUGACUCCAGUGGUUCCCAAACUUUUUCAUGUCAAGGACCCCUGACCCUGAAACACAUUAGACCCCCUUGUUACUUAUCGAUGGGAUUAUAGUGAAAAUAAAUGCUUCCCCUUUCCCCCAGGGGUCCUUGAUGGGGGUCCCCGGACCCUACUUUGAGAACCAUUACUCUAAACGUCCACUUCUCUUAAAAAAGGUGGGUGGACGGUGGGUGGACGUCCCAUCGCAGAUCUUCUCCUACUUACUGUAAAAACGUAUAAAACUAAAACUCACUGAACAUAAUCAGGUGUUUUAUGGUAUAUAUUUUACUGCCUUUGGGUUGUUGUACAAAUAAAACCUGACGGCUGUUUUAACCUCCACUGAUGAAAA